CCUCUUUACGUCAUUUGGGUCCUUUGACGUUGCAUUUCAGAGCCGUGUUCUAUUGGGGGAAAUUAAGCUAGUUAGCUAACGGAUCAAACUGAAUGCACCCGCUCGCUCCAGAUCAAGAGUUUGGGAAGGAAUACAGUUCCACAGGCUGUGCUAUAUUCUGGCAGACUUUAAACCCAAAGCAACACCUCUGAGCGGGUUUUCGCUGAACGCGGACAACGAUCUCCCCAGGGGAGAUUAUCUAGUUAGCACCGUUAGCUGUUAGCUGGCUAAUAACAUCAAGGCUCUGGAGCUGUGUGGAACCAGACAUUCUCUGAUAUGGAGUCCAGCGCCAUGAUUGAAGUCACUGUGAAGACUCUGGACUCCCAGAGCAGGAGCUACAAAGUCAGAGGCGAGCUGACAGUGAAGCAGUUCAAGGAGCAUAUAGCAGCAUCAGUGGAGAUCCCAGUGGACAAGCAGAGGCUCAUCUACCAGGGCAGAGUGCUGCAGGAUGACAGAACGCUGACUGAGUACAAUGUAGAUGGAAAGGUAAUUCACCUGGUGGAGCGGGCCCCCCCUCAGGGCACCAUGUCUGGUUCUGGAGGUGCAGGUGUUUCCAUAGGGGGGGUAGAGGGCGGGAGCAGCAGCAGCCAUGCCUCCACCUCCUCCCAGGGUUCACCACACGACCGCAACGGCAACAGCUACGUGAUGCUGGGGACCUUCAACUUGCCCGUCAACAUCAUGGACCCUCAGCAGAUACAGAUGUCCGUUCAGCAGAUGAUGGCUGGAGUUGGUGAAGCUGGAAGGACUGCCAGAGUCAGCACCAGCUCCGGGAGCAAUGGCUCGGUGGAUGUGCAGAUCAACUUGGACCAGUCGUUGCAGAGUGAGCCCAGGAUGAGGCUGCAGCUGGCUGAGAACCUGCUCAGAGAUGUUUGCUCUCUGAUCCACAGGCUGGAGGGAGUGUCCAGUGACAGUAGCUCCCAUUCACAGCCAGAGGUACCUCAGGCCUCUUCUUCCCCGCCGCCAUCGACCUCCUCUGUUAGAGGGCCAUCACAACCCAUGGACACCAGCUCUCCCCCUGCUCCAUCAUCCUCCACCUCCACCCAGACCGAGGGACCAGCCAACACCGGGCCCAAUCACCCAAGUCCAGCAGAGUUUGUGGAGGUUCUGUCUGAGGUCAGGAGGGUGGAGGAGAGGUUACGUCCCUUCAUAGAGAGGACCCACUCCAUUCUCGGAGCAGCCACCUCAGCAGACUACAACAACAAUACCCAGGAAAGAGAGGAGGAUCAGCGCGUUCUCAACCUGGUCGGAGAUGCCCUGCGUCUCCUUGGCAACACCUUAGUUGUCCUCGGUGACCUGCGUUGUAACCUGGCGACCUCUCCUCCACGUCACCUGUAUGUGGUUCGCCCCAUGGCCCACUACACCCACCCGGUCCUGCUGCAGACUGGUCUACCACACAUGCCCAUUCCAAUAAACUUGGGGACAACAGUGACCAUGACCUCUAAUGGGAGACAGGCAGCUGAAGGGCAACGCCAACCCUCUGCUGGUGCUGGUCAGUCAGAUCAGCAGGUGUCAGGCCAGGCUCCGUCUCUUCAGUCAAAUGGGACCACUCAUCAACAAGGACAGGGAGGACCCCGAAUGAUCCGGAUCACCCACCAGACCAUGGAGCCUGUGGUCAUGAUGCAGAUGAACAUUGACGGUGAGUCAGCUGCUGGGUCUCAGGUUCCAGGACAACAACAUAUUGCUGGUCCCGGACAGCCUGGAGUGACACCUGUCCACUUCCCUGGACUGCCCCCUGAGUUCAUGCAGGCCAUUGUGCACCAGAUCUCCCACCAAGCUGCCGCCAUGGCUGCCGCAGCCUCAGCGAGCCACUCAGCACAGAUGGUGCCUGGCCCUGGCUCAACACCCAGCGCUGAGGGAACUGCUUCCCCACAGCCCCCCCACCCUCCUCAGGCAAGGGUGGUCAUCACCAGGCCAUCCUUCUCCCCCCGCAUCCCACAACCUGUGGGAACAAGGGGAACCACCAUCAACCUGAGGGCCGCAGUACCCACAGCUGGCCAGCAGCCAGGACAGGGCACACCUUUGGCUCCCUCCUCCCUCACCCAGAUGAUCAGUGGUCUGGUUGGACAGCUCCUGAUGCCAGGACAGCCAGGUGAUCCCAUGUCCAUGCCCUCUUCAAGCAGCUCUCAGUCCUCCUUCUCUACCUCUUCUUCAUCUGAUUCCUCCUCCACCGCAUCUCCUCCCCCUUCCUCUGCCAGGACCUCCGGACAGACAUCCACUCGCACCACCAGCACUACCUCUGUGGGCCAGCCAGCAGAGGGUGGCCCUGAGGGGAAUCUGGCCCAGUUCCUGGGCUCUCUGCUGGGAGGAGUGGCUGGGCCGGGGGGUCCCGGUUCUGUACCAGCUCCCUCCAUCACUGUGACACUGCCGGGCGUGCCUGGCUUCUUCCAGGGCAUGUCAGACUUCACACCGCCGCCUGUCAGUGGCACUGGUGCUCCGGUCCCCCCUCAGUCCACCAGUCUUGCCCCAUCCCAGGCCGGCAGCGGGGCAAGCGGGGACUCUCUGAGCCCGGAGCUGUUCACCGGCAUCGUGCAGGGAGUGCUGUCCACCAUGAUGAGCUCUCUGGGGGCGCAGCAGGGCAACGGAGAGAGCAUCGCCCAGUUCAUCCAGAGACUGUCCCAGACCAGCAACUUGUUCACUCCUGGCUCUGGAGAUGCUGUGGGGUUCUUCGGUGACCUGCUUUCUUUGGUGUGCCAGAGCUUCUCCAUGGUGGACAUGGUGCUGUUGCUUCAUGGGAAUGCCCAGCCUCUGAGCCGCAUCCAGCCCCAGCUCACCAACUUCUUCACUGAACACUACCUCCAGGGCAGAGAGCCCACUGAUGCUAACAUAGCUACAGCAGCUGAGGACCUCAUCAAUGGGCUGGAGGAGUACAUAUCUGAGAGCUUUGCCACAGUGACAGUGCGAGAGGGAGUAGACAUCGUUCAGACCAACCUGUCUUUCCUCAGACAGCAGUUCACACAGAUGGCCUCUCACAUCCUGCACUGCAACGAUCACACGUUUGGCCCCCGUCUGCUGCUGCUGUGCACUCAGGGCCUGUUUGAGUGUCUGGCUCUAAACCUGUACUGCCUUGGAGGAGAACAGAGGGCUCUGACUGCAGUCAUCAACCACCGUAUUAGGAGAAUGUCUGCAGAAGUCAAUCCAAGUCUAGUCAACUGGUUGACCAGCAUGAUGUCUAUGAGGCUGCAUGUCAUUCUGGAACACAACCCAGUUACUGAGGACCAAAUCCAGCACUACGUCAUCCAUACACAGGUGAACCAGAGGACAGAGGCUGAGGUGGAUCUGCCAUCAGAGAGUGUGGAGAUGGAGGAGAGUUUGUCUCCAGCUCCAGCCACCACAGCAGAGGAGGCCAUGGCUUCAUCAGGUGACAGCGGAGAGAGGGGAUCGUCUCCCGGAGAGAACACAGGCUCAUCAGGGGACACCCAGUGUCCCACUGGGGCCCCAGCAAGACGAGAGGAGGCAGCCACUGAGGUGGAGCAAUGGGCAGCAGCUGUUCCACCUGAAUGGGUUCCCAUCAUCAGACAUGACAUGCUGUCUCAGAGGAAGAUCAAAGCCCAGCCACCACUGUCUGACGCGUACCUGCACGGGAUGCCCGCCAAGAGGAGGAAGACAUCGCAGUGUGAAGGACCACACCUAUCCCUGUCAGACGCAGUGAGUCGAGCUGCCCGUACUGCAGGAGUCCUGCCUGUCACCGCUCCGAACAGCCUGCAGGUGGAGCUGGAGAGGCCAGAGCUGCAGGAAGCAUACACCAAACAGGUAAAGAGUGACAUCAAGGAGCGAGUGAGAGACGAUCCAAACUACGACGCCCAGAGAUUCCCCAACACACACCGAGCUUUCUCUUUAGAGGACUCCUAAUCAUCCGUAACCCUGUUCCACAUCCAGAACUGAAUCUGUACACACUACUAGCAGCAUGGAACUCUGGUUUAUGUAGUGUUUUAACAUCCCAUUGUAAAUGCGGCCUGAAAGGACGAAUGCUGUGUGUGUGACACCACCUGCUGGUCAGAAUGGAAACAACCUGCAGACUGUGGACCUUCCGUGGCACAUGGUUUCUGGAACUGAGUCACCUCAUGCUAAAACAUUCCGUCCGCUCUCAGACACCUCUUAAACUAGUGAUGUAAUCAGUUUGUGAGGAGUCUGAGUACUAAACAUUGAAUAUAAGACAAGAUCUGACAACAGCAGGAGAGGACUGGGCCACAGGAAUCUGGUUUCAUCUUAGAACUGAUCCUCUCCUGCAGGUCUGAAGCAGUCUGAGAAUCACAGCUCGAGAUAGCAGGUAGCAAUAAGGGAGCCACUGUUCGAAAAAAAACAAUAAACAAUUAAGUUUUCUCAAUUAAGAGAACAUUUUUAAAGCUGCAGUAGGUAACUUUAUAAAAAAAUUCAUAUCGUAUGUCAUAUUUGACCUACUGCAGCUUUAAAUAUUCAAAGAAAAAAGUCGUAAUGCAAUGAGAAUAAAAUUUAAAUGUUGCAAAGAAAAAACAGUAUUAUGAAAAUAAUGUUAGGACAAAUAGUUACAAGAGAAAAGUUGUGAUACCAUAACACUUAUGUGCCCAGGCUUUUAUUUGCUUCAAUGACUGAACUCAGCCUGCCUUAAUCUGGGACAGGCCUUUAAUUCCACAAAACUCUUUCUCAGCAAAGAUGGCAAAUACUAUCAGAUUGUUCAUUUAAACCAGUAUGAAUAUUACUUGUAUAAAAAUGAGGUUAUCAAAUAACUAACAAUAUCACUGCGUCUAAUUGGGACCGGGCUUUUAAUUUAUGUAUUAUGGUAUUAUAAGGAUAUUGUUAUGAAGAAAAAAGUUGUAAUUAGGAAAAUAAAAUUUGCAAUGUUGCGAGAAAUAAAUUAAUGUAAGAAAAGUCAUGAUGUUGCACAGAAAAAGUGAUAUAAGAAUUAAGUUAUAAUGUUGUGCAGUCAAAAGUUGGACUAUAAGAAAAGUUUGAAUAUUAUUAGAAUAAAGUUAUAAUGUUGCAAAGAGAAAAAAGUUGUGAUAUUAUGAGAGUAAUUAAAUUAAUGAGAUAAAUUUAACAUUUUAAGUGAAAAGGUCACAACAAGUCCUCAUAAUAUUCUGAAAAUAUUUGUCUUAAUAAACGGUGGCACUGCACAGACUCACACCGUCAGAACUGAAGUUACAUGGACAAUAUGAAAAGUACAUGUCAGGAUUAUCCUGACCAAAAUAAUUGCGAUUCACAAUAGUAUCGCGAUAAUCAUUAAAAUGUGUUUGAAACUCAUGAUAUGGCACUAAAACAUACUGGAAUCAGUUUACCUUACCUUUAGUUAAGAAACACAUAUUUAUUGCAUAACAGACAGCAGCCUAAUCUAUUUAACAAUCAAUGUUCGCAAAAUGUGUCAAUAAAAAUGAUAUACAUAAAAAAAAAAUACAUUGGUGAUUACGUCAGUGAGCUAGACAGCUUUUUCUAUUCACGAUGACCCUGUUAAUAGAAAGUCACUACAGUAUACCAAUUAUCUAUAUCUGUUUUUUAUCCCAAUAUGCAAUAAAACUGUACAUCAUCCCAUCCCUGGCUAUACAAACGUAUAUGGACUGUCAGAAUAUGCUGUAAAAGGCAUAUACAAUGCCAUGUGCCCAAUGAAAUUUGGCGUUCUCUGCAGCCAUUUUCUUGAAGUGCUAUGACUAUUUCUCAUGUAUUCUCUUUUUCUUGUAAAAAACAUUUCAAGAUUUCUUUUCCUAAAUAUUUAAACUUUGUCCUGUUUGUUUCCUAACGGUGGUCCUCAGUCUGUCACACUGAGCUUUUCUCUCCUAUGUUGCAAGUGUAGUUGCAUUAUGUAUAUGUGUAUAAGGUGAAACUGUAAAUGAGUGAAGACUGUACAUAGUAAAUUGGCAGUGAUGUCAUAGAGCUUUGUCAGUGUCAAUCAGGUAACCGGUGUUGCUUGCUAUGGCAUCAGAUUUUUAUUUUUUAGCAUCAUGACUUUAGAUAUGACAAUGACACACAGAUGAUUAGCUCAUGUUUGUAUUUUAGGGCAUUAUCAUUGACACUGGUGUUAAACAGUAAUAAUAAUAAUCUGUCACAGCCCAGUGAUGUUUCUCUGAAGCACAGCUGCAGUCAGUAGAGGUUUGUCAAACUGUGAAUGGUUAGUAUGUGCUCGUUAACAUCACUGAAAUAAAUGAACUUAACAGUG